AUGGCCCUGAGUCGCCCACAGGCCUAUGAGGGCAUGUCCCUGCCUGUCUCGCAAAUGAGAUCGGGUUCUAACGAGGGGCAGCCAGUGUACGCCAUUGAUCAACAGCAUCAUCCUGGCUCCUACGGCGGACACUAUGGUAUGCAAGGUGCUCAACACGGAGGAUACCAGGGCAUGUCUAACGAAACAGGCUGGACGGAGCGGGUCCUUGAUGAAAUGAAGGACAUGCUUCUCCUGCUCACUCCAAAGGGUCAGAUUACCUAUGCCACACGGUCCUGUAAGAACCUUACCGGUCGUGCUGCUAAACAGCUUGAGGGGAGCCUCCUUUCACAAUACAUUCAUGAGGACGACCAACCGAUCUUCCAGAGAGACAUGGACGACGCGGUCACCGCGAACCAUUCUUUCCGGACCCACUUGCGAUUCCAGAAGAUCAACGGUACAUAUUGCCUUAUGGAAGCCUACGGUCAUCCCCAUAUUGCGAACCAGAAUGAGCGACAGGUGGGAAGAAACUCCCCCAUCGAGGAGCGCUGCACCGGCUAUUUCCUUAUAUGCCGACCGUAUCCUAACAAGAUAUCGCAACUCCUCGACUCUUUCUUGGAACACAAGAUUGAGAAUGCGCGCUUGAUUCAACAAAUUGCCAAGCUGAAGCAAGAAGAAGACGAAGAGGCGACCGCAGCUCGGCCGCCCUACAAAGCCGAAUUAGAGGCCUCUGCCCCAUUCGUCGGAUCCGGGUCUUCGCAGUCCGCUCCUUCAGGAAGGGAAUUCAGCGACCAAGAAUCCCACUCCCCUGAAACACUGAAUCCAAAUUCGGACGACUCCGACACCAAUCAAUCCGCAGAAUAUUACCCAGAGCCCCCCACCGGCGAAGUAUACUCGCACAUUGAUGGCAUUGAAGUCAUGACUGGUCUUUAUUACGGAGAUGGCGAGAGAUCGCAAGGUCUCAGUACGGGUGUUAACCGUGGACGGCUUGUACACUGCGAUAUCGACAUUACGACGGCAGCGGACCAAGAGCGCAAUGCUCAAGAAGGCGACCGACGCAAGCGCCUCAAGGGCCAGCACGUUUGUGGGGAUUGCGGAACGGCGGACUCGCCAGAAUGGAGAAAAGGGCCUAGUGGGCCUAAGACCUUGUGCAAUGCAUGUGGCUUGCGCUGGUCUAAAAAGGAGAAGAAACGUCAAGAGUCGACCUGA